AUGAAAGAUCACCAAUAUGAAGUAGAUGUCGGGGAACAACUCCUUGAUGAGAGAAGGCAACCUCAUCAAACUCUGCAAUAUAAAGAGGAGCUUGAUGGUUCCUAUCCAUCCCUUAAUAAUGGUAGCUUGCAGGCACAAGAUGAACAACAACAGGAAGAGAUUUUGUCCUCCCCUCUUCCGAGUCAACAUCAACAACAAGAACAAACUCAAGAACCUAAAUUAUACAUUAGAAGAUGGUUUCAAUUAGCAAUAUUUGCAUUAUGUAUGGUCACUUCUAUUAUUUGCAUGUCGACCUAUACAACUUCAGGUAAUUUGUGGUGUCCUAAUGAAAUUGUCCAUGCUAUUAGAACUCUAUUGAUGAAGUUUUACCGCCUUGAUGCUAAUUGGAAGAUUAAUAUGACUUCUUUGGUCUUUUUAAUUGCAACUAUUCCAAUUACUUUUCUAGUUUCAUUCGUUCUGAAACGAUUUGGUUUAAAAUGGAGUGUUUCUAUAUAUUCUAUACUGACAUGUAUUGGUGCAUGGAUUAGAUUAAUUGGUAUUCAAGGAAAUGAAACUUCAUUUUGGCUUUCAUUAAUUGGACAAAUCUUCAUUGCAUGUGGACAACCAUUCAUUACUCAAUGUGGUGACUUGUUUGGAGUCUUUUGGUUUGGAAAUAAGGAGAGAACAGUUGUGCAGGUUGUUGUCUUGUUCUCAGGUGUAUUCGGAAGUCUCUUGUCCUAUCUUGUUGGACCUCGUCUCAUGACCAUUGGAAGUGAAAGUGAAGAGGAUUUAAAGAUUUCAGAUUUGGGCCUUGGCAUCUUUUUGGGAAUUCAAGGAGUAAUGGCAACCUUGUGUGUUUUUCUUGUUUUGCUCUUCUUUAAGAGUAAGCCACCUACACCACCUGCUAUAGCUCCAGAACCAACCAAAGAAGAAUCCAAUCCUGGCUUUAAUGGUGACCUCACACAAUCUCUAACUGAAGGUUCCAACACUGCUGAAGAACCAUUAUCCAAUCAAGACCUUGAAACAUCAGCAGCUGAAACCAAACAAUCCAAGACAAAACAAGAAGAACCAAAAGAUGUUUAUCCUCCUCAAACAUUUGUCUUUGGUUUGAAAAAGUUGAUCCGAUUACCAUCCUUCUUCAUGUUAUUAGCUGCUUCCACACUCAUCAAUUCCUUCUUCCAAUCCAUCUAUAUUUUGGAACAAAUCAUCAAGGGUAACAAGUAUACAGCCAUUGAUUCUGGUAAUUUGAAUAUUAUCUUGAUUGUCUUUGCUACAAUUUCCUCCAUCGUGUUGAGUAUCCUCUUUGAUAAGACCAAACAAUUCAAACUCAUCACAAUCAUUACCAGUGCCUCUGCUUGUUUAGCCUUCCUAUGGUUCUGUAUAUUAAUGUUGUGGCAGAAGAAUGAUGUCUUGUUAGUCUUGUCUGGAAUGUCCUUUGUAUUGAUCGGAAUGUUUUCAGUACCUACAAUGCCAUUGUUGAAUCAAAUGAUUGUCUAUACGACCUAUCCAGUUCAUCCAUCUACGACCAUGACCAUUUCAAGUACAUUGACUACUUUGUGGAGUAUUCUCUUCAUGGUUUAUAUUAAUGUGUUGCAAUUGUGUACUCCUCUAGCUCCAUCAAUUAUUUUGUGGACAGAUUUUGUAUUUUUGAUUAUUGCCUUUGUACUCAUUGUUUCUUUCAAGGGUAACUUUAGUCCUGUCUUGGUGAAUAGUAAAUAA